UCGUGUAAAAAUACCCGAGAAGUCGUAUGUGUUAUGCUAUCAAGUGUGAAUCUUUUUUUUCAAGGAUAAGGUUAUCUAAUAAAUAUGUAAUUUAAAAUUUUCGGUUGGGAGUGUGACUCGUAAAAUAAACAGUUGGAGUGCUAACAUAAAUACGAACUGCAUAGCAGCGAUCAAGACGUGUAUGAGAGUGCUGUGAAAAAAUGUUCAAAUUUACCGCAAUAGUAAUUGCGCUUAUCAGUGCAACCGUAUUUUAUGUAAUUUUCAAGGAGCCUCCUCCUCUUCCGCAAAUACCAGAAGUACAGUGGAGGGAUGAUGCUGUACAAGAUACGCAGUUACAUCCUUUCAGCAUAAAUGUGUCGGAAAAAGUUUUGGAUUCGCUGAAACAACAAUUAAAAAGUACCACUUACGUAGCUCCUCUGAAAAACGUUAAUUUCACCUACGGUUUCGACUCCAACCAGCUUCAAAAAAUCAUCACUUACUGGGAGAAAAAUUACCAAUGGAGAAAUCGAGAAAAACUUCUGAACUCGGUUCCUCAUUACCGAACGAAAAUCUUGGGUUUGAAUAUCCAUUUCAUUCAUAUAAAGCAAAACCCAAAUACCAAAACAACGAAGAAAGUCCUACCUUUGCUACUCCUUCACGGAUGGCCGGGUUCGGUUAAAGAAUUUUACAGCGUGUUUCCAUUAUUAAGCAAAGUGCAAGAAAAAUACGACUUUGUGUUCGAAAUUGUGGCCCCAUCUUUGCCCGGAUAUGGGUUCUCGGAUGGUGCUCAGUAUCCAGGAUUUGGAACCGCUCAAAUAGCUCAGAUUUCAAAAUUACUUAUGGAGAGAUUAGGUCAUAAGAAGUUCUAUGUGCAAGGAGGUGAUUGGGGUUCGCUGAUUGGUACCGAUUUGGCCACCUUGUAUCCUGAAAGCGUUAUUGGAUUCCAUAACAAUAUGUGUCCUAUGCCAAACAAUCUGAAGUCGUAUGUUCAACUAUUCAUUGGAAGUUUUUGGCCAGAAUUAUACGCAGAUAAAGCAUUCCAACAUCGACUCUAUCCUUUAUCGAGUACGUUCAGUUAUCUAAUGACAGAAUCGGGUUAUAUGCAUCUUCAAGCCACAAAACCAGAUACCGUUGGUGUAGCUUUAUCAAACUCACCGGCUGGUUUGGCUGCUUAUAUUUUGGAAAAAUUUUCAACCUGGAUGAAUUACAACUAUCGUGACCUACCUGACGGUGGAUUUGAUCCUAAAAGCUUUGAAGGAAGACAUUACACUUUGGAUGAUUUAUUAGAUAACGUGAUGAUCUACUGGACUACGAACUCGAUCACUACAUCGAUGCGUUUGUACAGCGAAAAUUUCAAUAAAGAACGCCGCUCUAUGAAUUUAGAAAGUAUGCCCACCGUAGUUCCAACCGUUUGCGCAGCUUACCCGUAUGAUUUGGUUUACACGCCCGAAGCAAUCCUACGUAAUAAAUUCACCAAUCUGUUGUACUUAUCGCAUAUGCCCAGAGGUGGUCACUUCGCAGCUUUCGAAGAACCUCAACUAUUCGCCCAAGAUUUAUGGAAGGCAGUUUGUAAUAUCGAAAAUCUCGUUCACGAUAAACCGCGUAACAAAUGCCAAUAAACAAACUCUCUCGUGUAAUAUUUAUAACAUGUAAUUAAUCAAAUAAAAAUACAAAUUUAAACCUUAAAAUAAGUAUAUUUACACUCGAAAAAAAAAUUGUAAAUAAAAACUGUAUUGUUGUAUGUUCGCUGAAUAUGUUAGUGAACAAAGUGUUUGGGACAACCGAUUUAAUACGAUUUAGUUAUUAUAUUGUAUAGAUUGAUGUGAAUAUACCUGCAUGAAAGUUUGGACUACACAAACCGUUAUACCUGUUAAUUUCAUUCCGGUUUUUUUUUUUUUUUAAUUGAUUAAUCAUUUUUCUAAUCUGUAUCGUUUUACGUUUCCAUUAUUAUUUUAUAUCGUAUUUGUAGGUAAAUAUUCGUGCUUUGUACGUUAUUGUGAGGCAAUGUUCAAAGAGUUUGAGUGGAUAUUUUAAAUUUUUUUUAGAAUACGUGAUUUCAAUUUACUUAUUAUGAUUUUUAGUUUUUUUUUUCUCAAAUAUAUCAGGGAAUUUUAGUA